ACUCCCGCCCCGCCCGCCGUGAUGCACGCCGAGGUGACGCCAGCACGCCGAGAGCCUCCCGUCCGCACGCCGGAGAAGGAUGACGCCACACGGGCACCAGGUGAAGCCUGCGGGGCUCCGCGCUCCGUCAGCCGCCCGGGCACAGGUGUGUGCUGGGGGAGCUCUCCGCCCAGGCGGCAUGGAGCAGGCCGAACCGGGCGGCUGAGCCCGGGCGUGCGGCCGAUGCGGAGGACGCCCGCCGCCGAGACGUUGUCUGUGGCCUCGGAAAGGCGGGCGAUGGGGUCCCGGCUUCUGCCGGCUUGGCUGGCGCUGCUGCUGCUGCUCGGGGCGGCCCCCGGGGCCUGCCCCCAGGACGAUGCGACGGACUGGCGGGCCACGCUGAGGACCAUCCGCAACGGCGUCCACCGCAUUGACACGUACCUGAAUGCGGCUUUGGACCUGCUGGGUGGCGAGGACGGGCUGUGCCAGUACAAAUGCGCCGACGGAUCUAAGCCUGUCCCUCGCUAUGGAUAUAAACCUUCACCUCCAAAUGGAUGUGGCUCUCCAGUGUUUGGUGUUCAUCUUAACAUCGGCAUCCCUUCAGUAACAAAGUGCUGCAAUCAUCAUGACAGAUGCUAUGAAACCUGUGGCAGCACCAAGAAUGACUGUGAUGAGCAGUUUCAUUAUUGUCUCUCCAAGAUCUGCCAAGAAGUACAGAAAACACUGGGGCUACCCCAGAGUGUGCAAGUAGGUGCUGUACUAAAUGUGACAGAAAUGGAUGGCUUAAUUAAAAGUGAAUUAUUUGAUCCAGCAGAAAAGUAUAAAAUGAAUCACAAGAGGAGAGGUGUAGCUUUGAUCUUCAAUCAUGAGCGGUUCUUCUGGCACUUGACUUUGCCAGAUAGGCGUGGCACCAGAGCUGACAGAGAUAAUCUUAAACUAAGGCUUUCGAAUCUGGGGUUUGAAGUGAAUUGCUAUGAUGAUCUCAAAGCUGAAGAUCUGCUAAAGACCAUUCAUCAGGUGUCUACCUCUAGCCAUGUGGAUGCUGACUGCUUCUUGUGUGUAUUCCUGACUCAUGGUGAAGAAAAUCACAUCUAUGCCUAUGAUGCCAAAAUUGAUAUUCAGAAGCUCACCGCCAUGUUUAAGGGAGACAGAUGUCAGAGCUUAGUUGGGAAACCCAAGAUAUUUAUCAUUCAGGCAUGCCGGGGAGAACAGCACGAUGUCCCAGUCAUUCCUUUGGAUGUGGUUGAUUAUCAGACGGAAGAGGUGGAUGUCAAUGAAACUGAAGUCGAUGCCGCCUCAGUUUACACUCUCCCUGCUGGUGCCGACUUCCUCAUGUGCUACUCUGUUGCAGAAGGUUAUUUUUCUCACCGUGAAACAGUAAAUGGUUCCUGGUACAUUCAAGAUUUUUGUGAGAUGCUGGGAAAAUAUGGCUCCUCCUUAGAGUUUACAGAACUUCUCACACUGGUGAACAGGAAAGUUUCUCAUCGCAGAGUGGACUUCUGCAAGGACCCAAAAGCCAUUGGGAAAAAGCAGGUCCCUUGUUUUGCUUCCAUGUUGACCAAAAAGCUCUUCUUCCUUCCAAAGUCUAAUUAAAAUAUGGGCAGCUACCAUGUUUUAAACAUACAUUUUGGAGGCAUGAUUUCCUCCUCCCCAUGUCCCAUCUCCUUUCUUUUCAUACAAUUAAUAUCUUGAGAUAUGGGACCCAGUGCCUUUUGAAUUUUUUAAUCAUAUGUUCAUUUGGGGACAGACUCAUUGCUCAGCAGCACAAUUUAAAGUUGGGAAUUGUAACAGUUCCAAAACAAUUCCAGAGUACUCAAAAUUGGUACUUUUGUUAAAUAUUCAUUUUUGAUCGUAUUUGCUAAUUACUAUGUUGGCAACAUUCUCAGGGAAUAUUAGGGAAAUCUCCUUCCCAAGGGUUUAUGAGUAAUUGACUUUAAUUUCAUCCAGGUAGCUGUAAUUUGUACUUGUAGCAUUUUUGUUUCUUUACCAACAUCUGUUUUCUAAGUCAUUUAAAGCUUUUUUAGAUGCUUGAGUGAAAGAUAAAAACAGCAGAUCAUUUUCCAUUAGCAUUUCAGUUUAAAGGGAAUACUUGUAUCUUCUCUGGGACUUUUAGUUGUUUUAUAAAAUUAAAAAUAUUCUUAAAUAUCUGUGGUGUUUCUUCAUAAUCACCAAUACCUCUUACCCACCCUUUUAUAGCUUAUGUACAUAUUAUCCAAUAAAUGGAUACCUGCUCUCUCCAGAUUUAAAGCCAAUGCCCACAGCCUGUACCACCAUCGUUCUGCCUGGGUACAUGUUUUUCCUUUAGCUGCCCAGUAUUUUACAUUUUUCUAAGUCUAAGAUAACUCCAUCUACAUACUGUUGCCACUGCAGCUAAGACCCUGUCUUUUAAUUUAUGACAUCAUUCCUAGUGGUACCAACAUUUUGCUUUAAAUUGUUUCAUCUGUGAUUAUAUUUUAGGGUAGCAAAUUUGUGAUUAUAUAAGUAAGGUGUGUCUGCACAAUUGAAAUUUCAUUCUCAGAUUCUAAAUAGUCAAUAAAUUUAAUGACAUACCUUGUGGAUUUUCAUCAUUCCUUCUCACCCCUGAUGAUUAUAGUUGAUGUCUUUAAAAUUUAUUGUAACAAAAGAUUUUCUUCAGACUUUUUAAAAAAUCCUUUUUAAAUAAAUCACUACUUUAGUGAUUUGGUAAUUUAGUGUGAUCACUUAUUUAAGUGGCCAUUCAUAUCUAAUGGUUGGUGAGAUUCUUGUCCUCAUUCCAGAGGAAUGCUGGGGUGGUGACUAGCAGCCUCUCAAUCUUAACUCUCCACCUCCUUUUCUCCCCCUCUCCCUGCGAAGGUACAGUAAGACUUAACCACUCUCCAAUGGCUCUGUUCCAAAGAGGUAAAUACUCCAAAAUGUUGUACUUGGUGUACAGACCAUGAAAAAUUUUGGGGGCUUUAGGGAAAAAUAUUACACAAUUCUGAUUGUCUCAGAGAAAUUAAAUGUUUUAACCACUGUACUGUCAUCCUGUCUUAAAUAUGAUUAUUUUCAAUAGUUUUUUGGAGCAAUGUGACCUAAGCUCAGUUGCCAUAAGAGUUGAGUUUUGGAAAGCAAUAUGGACAGACCUAAAUUUUGUUUACAUUUAUUAUAUGGGUAAUAAUUUGAUACUUUUGUACUAAAAUCAUGUAAUUCUACAGAUUCCUUUCAUUUUUAUUCCAAUGUAGUUGGCUAUAGAUCCCACCUGUGUGGAAAGAAGUUAUUCAUUGUCAUCCAUUUUCAUGAGGUCUCAAAACAGCAGAAUACUAUAUUUAGGGCAAGUUGUCCAUGUUUUAGACUAGGUAACUUUUAAAAUUUCAAUUCUGAAUUGAUAGAAAUUGUCUUAUGCCAAUGAAAUUACAAGUCUGGUCCGCAAAAAAUCUAUCAGUUACUAUUUGGAAAUUAAUUUUAAUAACAGGCUAGAAUUUCUUAUUAUCUUUACAUAUAUAGAAUUUCUAGUUCUUCCCUCUUCUCUCCAAUUCAUAUGUAUCUUGUUUGUAUGUAAAUGUUUUCAUUUUGUCUUCUCUUAUUAGACUUCAAAUAUCUUUAGAGAUGUUUUGAGAGUUAAAAUUUUUAUGCCUUUGUAUCCCCAAUACUUAACAUAUCAAUAAAUGCUUGAAUUAGCAAAAUCUUACUU